GCCGAAUGAGAGCACACAUGUACACCCGUUUGGUCGAGAUACUUGGCUGCAUUGGUUCCGCGGUUCUUCUCCGCUUCGAAUUUUCUUUCUCUUCUCUAUCAUUCGUUUUCAGUUCAGUCUGUCGAUCGUUAUCGGAGGAAACGUCGCCACUUGUGCCGCUGCCGACGGUGCAAGUGGUUCGAUGAAUGGGUGAACAAUUUCACUUCCGCAUUUUCAUCUGUCAACGAGAAAGCUUACUCAACGAGCAGUAAUCUCUCUCGAGAGAUAGCGAGAAUUAGAUGCGCUAUAUUAGACAUUGCUGACGACGCAUCAUUACAUUGCACCAAGCGAGACUCUUGUAUUUGUAUAUCAUUCGUAAAAAGGAUCCGAAUGAAAGAGAGGAUGCUUCCAGAGCGAAGGGCCGAGGCCCUCCUGGUAGCCUUGCGAGCAAACCAACUGCGCUCUCUCUCUGCGUUUUUCAUUUGGAUCCUUCUCGUACUCAUAGUUUAAUGAUGCACAGGGAUUUUGACUGCGUUUUCACCACGGACAAACUGAGAGUGAGGUCGGAGUAUAGAAGUGAGGUGGAUACGAAAGUAUAAGCGAAGCGUUCCACAGCGACAGGCGCGACGUGGAAAGGGGCAAUACACAACGACGGACAAGCCGCCUAGUUUGAAGCUAAUCUUGAAGGUAGGAGGCAGUAGUGGGACGCCCGAGCACGGCGGCGAGUCGCCGAGUCAGACUACGAUGCUGUCGCAGCACUAUCAGCAACAGCUGGGCCUCAACUACUCCGUCAGUCAGGGCGACACGGAGUACGAUAGGUACGUCGGCCACAAGAAGCUCAAGAAGAAAAAGAAAAAGAAAGACAAGCGACACAAGCACCAUCACAAGGAUAAGAAGAGGCGGAGGGAGGAAUCGAGUCAGGAGUCGGUCGGUGACGCCGAUGAGAACCUAGCGGAGCCACCACCGAAGAAGAUUCCCAAUCACAAUCAGUUGUUGCCGCCUAGACCACCGUCCAGCGGUGAAUUGAGGAUCGGCGUUAGUAACAUAAGCUCCCUGUCACCGCAUCGUGAACCUAGAACAUGCGUCCUCAGGAAGAUAGCGGAGCGCACACCCCUCCAGAGAUUGCUGGAGCACUUGUUGAGGUCGAUGGAAAAGCGGGAUCCGCAGCAGUUUUUCGCCUGGCCGGUCACAGACAGCAUCGCGCCCGGCUACUCGCAGAUCAUCACGAAUCCUAUGGAUUUCAGCACGAUAAAACAGAAGAUAGACGACAACAACUAUCAGAACCUGCAGGAAUUCGUGGACGACUUCAAGCUCAUGUGCGAUAACGCUACGACGUACAACCAUCCCGAUACCAUUUACUACAAAGCAGCGAAAAAGUUGCUGCACGUCGGUCUGAAGAUGGUGACUCCCGAGAAGCUGCGGCAGCUGAGGCCAGUCUUGAUGUACAUGAACGACAUCACGAGGGAGGAGCUGGGAUUCGAGCUGGGCACCGAGGAUCCCAACAAUCCGGACGCGCCCGCGACAGAGGAGCAGAUCGAGCGGGAACGCGAACAGGAGGAGCGCAACGAGGAAGCGGAGGAGCUCAGGAAGGAGAAUCAGAGAAAGAUGAGAUUGGCGAAUUUGGGUAAGUUCGAGGCGAUUCCCGAUGAUUUGACACCAGAUGAGAUACUGAAGCAGGCUAGGGGGGCGGCGAAAGCCGCGGCAGAGAAGCUCAGCUUGAAAAGGGUUAAUUCAAAGAUGGGUUUCCUGCGACAAAAGAAAGACGGCACUACCAGUCUGCAGAUUAUCGUGCCCGGAGACGGGAUCAUUCCGGGAACCAACCAGAGACCCGUAUCGCUGGGGCAAUUGAUUGGCAAAUUAAAUCAUGGCACGGGGGCGCUGGCUGGAUUUCGUGAGGAUCGAAGGAAUUUGUCGAAACCGGCGAAACCUUUGUAUUACGGCGCGUUCGGUUCGUACGCGCCCAGCUACGAUUCGACGUUCGCGAACCUCACGAAGGAGGAGACGGAUUUGGUUUAUCAGACAUACGGCGAUGAAACCGCUGUUCAGUACGCCGAGUCCAUCCUGGAUUUCGCCAAGGACUGUGAUUACACAUUGACCAUGGUCGACGACCUUUUGGAUAUCCUGACGGGCGGCGAUCAUAGGAAGACGAAAAAAUUCCUUGAGGAAAAACGAAGACUGAAGGAAGAGGAGGAAAAGAUCAAGACCUUGCUGGAGAAGCCCAUGCAGGAUGUGAAUCGUAACAUUUCAUCACUGGAGAAGAUCAAGGUCGAUAUCGAGCAGCUGAAGACGCUCUCCGAAUUUGGUAUCGACGUGGAGUUUUUGGAGAGUUUAGAAGACGAACUAAAGUAUAGCGAGGACCGCGCCGCACUGCAGAGCCGUCUUGAUGACACGUCGCAGAUUCUAGGCCGGUUGAAGCAAGCUCAGCACGAGCGACUGUCGGCACCACCGCCAGCUCACUUGUCCAAUGUGCCUAAGGCUACGGAAGCUGAAGUGCUGCUAGCUGAAAAAAUCACUGAUAAUCUCACUGAGAUAGCGAAGAAACUGCCACCGUCCGGGAUCGCGCCUGUGGACGGUUUGCGUAGGGCGAUGGGAAUAGCGCCUCUUGGUGGAUCGGAGCCUAUGGAAGUCGAACCAAUUACCCACAAUCCUCCUAUAGUAGCCGACAAUUCAUUACUAUCGAGUCCAAGUAACGGCAGCAGUCAGGUGUUGUCGAACUUGUUGCCAGCCCCCUCGCCAAUUCAGAACGCGGAUCUGCUCAGUCCGGCCAACCAGCAAAAUCAAAAUAUCAGUAUUGUGGGGGCGAAUCAACCGCCGACGCAGCCGAUUCAAAUCCCGAUCGGUAUGACGCACAGCAGUCAGACACCACCGUCUCUCUUGAGUGCAACGGAGCCAUCCGGUGAUCUCGAAUCCGAGCUGCGUGAAUUCUUGGAGAGUGAUCCUACGUUAGGACACUCGCCUCUUCACGACGACAAAACUCUGGAGGAUAUUUUAUCCGAGUCUUAGUGUGUGCGCUAAUCCUCCAAGGGUUCUAUAAAAGUUAUUAUAAAUAUAAUAAGUUAUAAAUAUACUGUAAGUUAUAAAGCUCUGUACAUUUUACUACGAAUAUUAGUUUCUCAUUGUGUAUAAGAUUAAUAAUAAAUUGAAUUAUAUAACA